AGUAUGGACAAUCUCGUUUUCGAUAAUCAUAUCAUAACAAAGAAACACCUGAAAAUUCACAAAGUCGUAGCUCCAUCUUGUCUCCUUGACUGAAACACAUUGCAAUCUUCUUCCUUAAUGAUCCGCCUGGUCUCCGCCGGCAAUUUAGCCCAAUCACCCUUUGCUUUCCUGACCUCAUUUUCUUCCCCAACCUCGCACUCCAUUUCACACAUCAAAAGUUGUCUCACCCUAAUGCCCCCCCAAGCAAGCGCAGAAGUUCCGUCGGCACUAUGCGUCGGAAAAUAAUUAAAAAAUCCUCCUCCACUUCCAGUGAAGCGGUGGUUCUCCAAUCUGACGUUUUGUCAACGAUCGAAAGCUAUUUGCCGUGUUGCUUUCUGAAACCCAGUUCGAAAUUUUUUGGAACAGCGCUACCCGGUUCCUUAGAGUCAAGAAAAGAGAGACGAAACCUCCCCUUUUGAGUCUUCGAACAUAACAGCAUGAAACUGCGAUCUCUGUGACGAUACCCAAUUGAAAUUUGGCCUUUGAAUUGGUCUUUAAUGGCGAGAUUGCUGGUGCUUGUGGUUUGGCUGUGUCUGGGCAUUGGCGGGUCAGGCCUCGUACGGGUUCAGGAGGCUCCGUGGAGGAUCCACACCCUGUUCUCGGUGGAGUGCCAGGACAAUUUCGACUGGCAGACAGUGGGUCUCGUGCACAGCUUCAAGAAGGCCCGACAACCCGGCCCGAUUACCAGGCUCCUCAGCUGCACGGAUGAGGAGAAGAAGCAUUACAGAGGGAUGCAUCUGGCUCCCACCCUUGAGGUUCCCUCCAUGACCAGACAUCCCAGAACUGGCGACAUGUGCAGGCUUAUCAAAAGGGAGCUCAUGACCAUCUAUUACCUGAUCGGGAUUGGGUGUGGACUCAUGGUUGUUUGGAGCUAUCACCGAUCAGGAAAUGAUGUAAAGGUAGACUUAGUGUAUGGCACAGAUUUAGCAACAGAGAAAUCAAAGAACCGAUCUUCACUCCAUUUCUCCCUUUGA